CGAGAGAGGAUAGUCUUAGCUAGUCCCAUGGUUAUUGGGGGGUCUCGCUAAGACCUCUUAGUGAAGGGUUUUGUCCAUGCUAGUCCCCUUUAGUCUCAUUAAUGUUAGUCCCAGCAUGGAACAAACACAGUAUUGGACUAACAGUUAGUGCAGUCCAGUCCAAUCCCACUUAGUGAGGGCAAACAAACGCCCCCAAAGUGUCUUCAUCCCUGUGCGGGGAUCCCUCUCUCUCUGUCUCUCUCAUCGCUUUUGCUCUUCCAUCUUCCCUUCCCUACGAAUUGUCUAAAUUAAUUAAAUUCACACCGUUCUCUUACCCACAAUUCAAAUUUGCGGUAGAGUGAGAGUAAGAGAGAGCCGAGCUUUUCAAUCGGAAGGAAAAGGUCGGUGGUGGUCUGCGGUGGCGAUCUCUGUUGAAUGGUAGUCGGUAGAGAUGCUUAGGCGACUCACAUUGCCCGCAAAAAUGGCCUCAACCAACUCAAAGAGGAGCUGAACUUUCCAGUAAUUAAACAAUCGGACGCUCAAGGCUGAUAGAGUUUUGCUGAACGCAUUCCGCUAUCAAAAAGUCGAGCAAUUGCCUUUUGCUUGGGAGAUGAAGGGGGGAUAUAACUAUAGAUUGAUUGGGAAACCAAUCUCUCUCACUCUGGCUGCCCUUGUAUUCACAACAAUAUUACUUUGGGCUUGGGAGAAAAAUCCUUUUGCUGAUACUACUAUUGCAAGGCCAGCGGUUUACAAUGCCUUCCAUAGAUUUUCUUGGGGACUUCUUAAAUAAUUCCUCAAAACCUAUGAAGACAAAUGGAAAUGCUGAAGGGAAGGAUUCAUUUUUGAAUACAGUAGAAGAUAGAAAAGUAGUAGAGAAUUUUGGCACUGCCCCACUAGAUUCUAUGUAUGCAUUCUCUCCUAGAAUGCAAGAAAGUAAUGGGAUCGUGACAUCUUUACAAACUAAAGUGUGUAAUUAUGCCAAGGGUAGAUGGGUUGCAGAUAGCACACGCCCUUUAUAUUCGGGGUUUAAUUGUAAACAGUGGUUAUCACAAAUGUGGGCAUGUAGGCUGACACAACGAACAGAUUUUUCUUUUGAGGGCUACCGAUGGAAGCCAGCAAAUUGUGAAAUGCCAGAGUUUGAACGCUCUGCAUUCUUGAGAAGGAUGCAGGACAAAACGAUUGCUUUCAUAGGAGAUUCAUUGGGCAGACAACAGUUCCAGUCUUUGAUGUGUAUGGCAACUGGUGGGGAAGAAAACCUAGAAGUUCAGAACGUUGGAAAGGAAUAUGGUCUUGUCAAACAUCGUGGAGCCAUUCGUCCUGAUGGCUGGGCUUAUCGAUUCCCGAACACCAAUACCACUAUAUUAUAUUAUUGGUCAGCAAGCCUAUCUGAUCUAGUGCCCAUUAACAUCUCAGACCGAGCCAGUGAUAUUGCCAUGCAUUUGGAUCGACCCCCGGCUUUCUUGAGACAAUUCCUUCAUCGGUUUGAUGUGCUGGUUCUUAAUACAGGGCAUCAUUGGAACAGGGGAAAGAUUAAUGGAAACCGGUGGGUAAUGUAUGUAGACGGAAAGCCCAAUGAAGACAAGAAACGUGCAGAAAUUGAGAAUGCUAAGAAUUUUACUGUGUACAGUAUUUCCAGGUGGGUUGAUUCUCAACUUCCAUCACAUCCUCGCCUAAAAGCUUUCUUUCGGACUAUUUCACCAAGACAUUUCUUCAAUGGUGACUGGAAUACUGGGGGUACCUGUGACAAUACUAAUCCGUUGGCUGGAGGAAGUGAAGUAGUCCAGGAAGGAUCCAGUGAUUCAGUAACUGAGGGUGCUUUCAAAGGUACAAAAAUAAAGUUACUGGAUAUAACUGCUCUUUCUCAAAUUAGAGAUGAAGGUCACAUAUCUCACUAUACUAUUAGAGGAAAAGGAAAUGCAGGCAUAAAUGAUUGCUUACAUUGGUGCUUACCGGGAAUUCCAGAUGCAUGGAUGAACUCCUUGUUGCACAAAUAUAGGAGGCAGCGGCCUUGCCACGUGGUAUACACCAAACCUGCUAUUCUUCAUGGUCUGAUAAGAAGACCAACUACUUUUUCUGGUAUGAAAUUCUUUUGUUUUGUAAGUUUCACAGUGCUGAUAGAAUCAAAUUCUAGUUGUUCACAUAGGUGUUAUUCCAACAAUGUCAGUAAAAUAUACCAAGAGAUUGUAAUAGUUGUACCCUUGGACCCGACCUGUUGUACUGUAUUAUACCAUGAGUACAUUUUUGCUCACUAUCCUAUUAGUUAUCAUUAGAUUAGUUUAAAUUUCGAGAUUUGUGUAGUUAAUAGAUUAAAUCAAACUCAUUUAACGGUGAUCAAUAGGGUGGUGGGCAUUACCAUCGUAUUCGUGUGGUGAGCAAAAAUAUUUCCAUUGUA